GAAAAUUUUCGCAUGAUGAUCGCCGACAUCCAAUAGGAUAUGGCACCAUAAGAACAAGAAGUAUAACUAAUUGGCUAGCACGUUAUUAUAUCGUGGUUAACAAAGCUAUAUUAUAGCUUCAAUUCAAAAUAUACCUAUCUAAGAUACAUAGUUAGCUAUCCAUAUAAGCGCCUUGCUGGCGGGGGCUAGCAUAAGACGCGGUCGCUUCCGGGCUCCUCGCAGUGAAAGCCAGCCGGGCGCGUGCGCAAGGUAAUUGCAAACUUACUUUAAGGUGAACUAAGUACGUGGUUUUCUCUCUCUCUCAUUGAGUAUGUGGUUAACCGUGCUAAUCAUUGUAUUAGCAUUAUGCCUGUUCCUGUACCUGGAUACGGUUAAACCAAAAAACUUCCCACCAGGCCCAAAAUGGAUCCCGAUCUUCGGCAGCGCCCUAGAAAUAUACCGAAUGCGACAAAAAACAGGAUAUCUUUACAAAGUCUUCAAGCAGAUAUCCGAGAUGUACUGCAAAGACAGUCCACUACUAGGACUUAAAAUAGGCGUGGAUAGAAUUAUAAUGGUCAAUGGAUUAGAAGCUCACAAAGAAAUGAUGUUUAACGAAGAUUGCGACGGAAGACCUAACACCAUCUUCUACACUACAAGAACUUGGGGCUUGAGAAGAGGCGUUCUUCUAUCUGACGGCGAACUCUGGAAGGAACAGAGGAGAUUCCUCUUGAAACAUUUGAAAGAGUACGGCUUUGGACGGAAAGGAAUGGCUGACAUAGCCAGCUUUGAAGCUGCGCAUAUGGUGAAGGAUGUUCGAGCGCUAAUUAAAAGUAAUAAAGACGGAGGGGUUGUACACAUGCAUAACUUCUUUAACGUGUAUAUUUUGAAUACUCUCUGGUCUAUGCUUGCUGGAUUGAGAUACGAACCAACAGAUCCACAGAUGAUAGUUCUACAGAAGCUGUUAUCUGAUCUAUUUAGCACCAUUGAUAUGGUAGGGACAGUUUUCAGUCAUUUCCCUAUUCUUAGCGUAUUCGCUCCUUCAAUGUCUGGUUAUAAAAGCUUUGUUAAGACUCAUGAGCGGAUUUGGAAGUUUUUGAGAGAGGAACUGGAAAGGCAUAAGCAGUAUUUUGAUCCUGAGAAGCCGGAUAAAGAUUUUAUGGAUGUUUAUAUCAGAGUGCUGAGGUCUAAGGAGGUUCCGAACACGUAUUCCGAAGGACAGCUGGUGGCUAUUUGCAUGGACAUGUUCAUGGCCGGCACAGAGACGACCAGUAAGAGCAUGAGCUUCGGCUUCAGCUACAUGGUGCGUGAUGUGGAGGUGCAGAGGAGGGCCCAGGAGGAGAUUGACCGCGUGGUCGGCACCAGCCGACCGCCGCACCUGGACGACAGACCUAACAUGCCGUAUUGCGAAGCGAUAGUUUACGAGAGCGUACGCCAUUUCAUGGGCCGCACGUUCAGCGUGCCUCACCGUACGCUGCGGGACACCGUGCUUGCUGGCUACAACAUACCUGGGGACACAAUGGUAGUCGGCAACUUCACCAACAUCCUAAUGGACGAAUCUCUUUUCCCCGACCCCCACUCCUUCAAUCCUGACCGUUUCAUCUCCAACGGGAAAAUCAACGUUCCCGAACAGUAUUUCCCGUUCGGCUUGUCGAAACACCGUUGCAUGGGAGAGGUGCUGGCCAAGUGCGAGAUCUUCGUGCUGACGGCGACGCUGUUGCAGAACUACACGUUUUAUCCGAUAGAGGGCGAGAUGCCGUCGUUGGAGCAUAUAGAUGGCGCCACUCCUGCCGCGGCUCCGUUUAAUGCGAGAGCGGUUCCUAGGUCACACGUGGUAGAGAAGUGGAGUAAAGAAGCAUAAUUAGAUCUUAUACUAGUUAUUCAAAGUUUCCGCAUGAAAAAAUCCUCAGAUGUUUGUAAAAGCUUUUGUUGUUUCUUUUAUUCAUAGUGAAACUUUUCGAGGCCUCGUGACCUCACUAUAGAAACUUUGUACUUAACUACUAGUGGGGUCGAUAUCCACAGAAUAAAAAUACGGUUAUACUUAAAGGGUACUCAGGACUCUCGGGAGAAACCUAAAGAACCAUGCAUUCCUGAGGGUCAAAGAAUCAAAAAUAAUUGAUUAUAAUUAGUUCUAAUGAAUAUUUAGAUAAUAAUAUGGACGAAUACUGUUAAUGUUAUUUUAGAUUAUUAACUAUAUAUACAGGUAAAACAAUAAGUAAAAAGAGAGAAUAUUUUAACCCAUUCAACGCUAUUCACGACACGUUGUCGUUUUGCCUCUACGAAACAUUUCCGCUACAUACCGUGAAAUUCAUUUAUCGGUUACGAUGUAGCGCUACGACCGUAGCUCAGCGGUGAAUGUGUUAGGGAUCUGAAGAAUUAGCUAUUAAAAUAAAUUCUUUUAACAAA